GCGCCCGUCUACGGAAAUUAGAAAUUCUUUGGUUCAACACUCCGUGCAACACUUGAUAGCUUCCUGUGGUACCGCCCUUUGGGUGAGUGGAUCUCACACUGGGAAGAUUUCUUGGAUUUAGCGUAGUGUCAGCAAAGUCGUACUGGGGUGAGCUCACACACUAGGAGAAUUCUAGGAAUCCCCCCAUCUCUGGCUUAACAUUACCAGACGACUGUAUCCCUGCAAAUAUGGCGUUGCCAUUCAAGAAAGACCUGGAGAAGUACAAGGAGAUAGAUGAGGAUGAGAUCCUCGACAAGCUCUCAGAAGAGGAGCUCAAACAACUGGAAAAUGCUCUGGAGGAGAUGGACCCAGAGAAUGCACUGUUGCCAGCUGGCCUGCGACAGAAAGACCAGACAGUGAAGCAAGCCACAGGACCCUAUAACAGAGAUCGGCUGCUCAACUAUCUGGAGAAGGAAGCCCUGGAAUACAAAGAUAGAGAAGACGUUGUGCCCUUCACAGGGGAACGGAAAGGAAAAGCGUGGGUGCCCAAGCAGAAGCCCAUGGAAACCCGACAGGAGGAUGUGACGACCCUUGACCCUGAACUAGAAGAAGCUCUCUCCAGUGCCACAGACACAGAGCUCUGUGACCUUGCAGCGAUCCUUGGGGUGCACACACUAGUGACAAGUACACAGAGCUACGAUGGGACCAGCAGUAAAGGCGGUUACAACAACAUCAUCAAGGGUGAAAAAGUCAAUCCUGUUUUUGAUGAGCCGCCCAACCCGACCAACGUCGAAGAGACGCUGCAGCGGAUAAAGUCAGAUGACUCCUCUUUGACGGAGGUCAACCUCAACAACAUCAAGAACAUUCCUAUACCCACACUGAAGGACUUUGCCAAGGCCAUGGAGAAGAAUACGCAUGUGAAGAAGUUCAGCCUGGCGGCCACACGGAGCAACGAUCCCAUCGCCGUGGCAUUUAGUGACAUGCUGCGAGAGAACAAGACCCUGAAGAGCCUCAACCUGGAGUCUAACUUUAUCACCAGUGCCGGUGUUCAGGCCUUAGUUGAAGCCCUGAGGGACAAUGACGCACUCACAGAGAUCAAAAUUGACAACCAGCGACAGCAGCUGGGAGCCAAUGCAGAGAUGGACAUCGCCAAGAUGCUGGAGCAGAACACGAGCAUCAUCAAGUUUGGUUACCACUUCACCCAGCAAGGCCCAAGGUCCAGAGCAGCAGCAGCCAUCACCAAGAACAACGACCUGGUGCGCCGGAAACGAAUGGAGAGGGAGUAGACAUGCUGUGCGGCCACCCCACUCCGUCCCCGCCCGCCCGCCCGCCUGCCUGCCAAACCUCCCCCUGCCCCCCCGCUCCUCCGCCCCGACUCAACUGCACCUCCCCAGUCUUGUGCCAAACUCUCGGAGCAACAAGGCGUCCUCAACAACCAGAGCACCACCAUGAAGAAGGGAAAUAACUGGAACAGCCCUCUUCUUUUCUUUGCAUUUAAAUUUUGUGUUUCGGUUUUUGCUGUUAUUAUAUGUUAUAUAUUAUCAUUCCAGCUGUGAUAUUUUUUUUUUUUUUUUCAAGAGUUGUCAUUCCAUUUGUUUUUCAUCAUUUUCUUGUCUUGCUUGUGCGAGACAUUUUGGCUUGUUAAUGUUUUUGUUAAUUUGGGUAUUUCUUUUUUUCUGUUUUGUUUUUGUACUCUGCUGAAAACUAGGAUAGGAUGAUUACAGCUUACAGGACUGUAGAAAUCCUUCAUCAUCAGUACAUGCUUCUAGCUCUAUAGAGCCAACUUUUAAGAUCACGUUUAACAGGAAGAGUAAAGAGGAUAUUAUUGAUCCAUCCAGGCCAGGUGAUAACUGGACCUCUCAGGCCCAUUUCUAAAAGCUGACCUCUAAUGACCCUCUCGGGCUUCACUGCAAGAGGUGGGAAAUGGAAGCAUGCUCUUAGACUGAGCUUUGGACAUCUUUUGAUGAGUGCUCACGGGGCUUUGUGGCUGACUCGGUGUAGAGAUCCAAGUUUGAAGUCUUCAGUGUAUCUCUGCUAGUCUCAGUGUCAGUAGGGAGAGACCGGGUUCCUAUGUCUGGCACAUGAGCUUGGACUGCUUCAUCUCCUUUGUGUUCCACAGUGCAACUGUGGGUGGAGGGCAGAAGCGCAUCAGCUGCUAUGGUCAGUGACGGAGGACUGUGACUCUGUCAGACACCUAGGCUUGACUGGACAUGUCUGCUGGUUAAAUACAGCACAGCCCUCCGUGCUGGCGUCAGCACUGAGCAGUCUUAUCACUGCUGACUGCCCCACCUGUGGUGUGUUUAUCCGACGUGUCACACUCACACAUAUGGAUAACGGCACAAUAGCUUUCAGUGUUGGUGUGUGUAAGCGAGAGUCUGUUUGUGUGUGUGUGCGCGAGAGUGCAUGUAUGUGUGUGGAGUGAAAGUGAAAAGUCAGAGAGAUAGGGACUGUGAGUGGACGUGCGCCUAUAGAGCAGGCUUUACUGUUGAACCAUAGUCUCCUCUCUACUGAAGUGCCCUCGCUGUUAUACGCUUCUUUUUAAUCUCUUAUGGGUUGUUUUCCCCUGACAAGGGACAAGGGAACUAGACAAUUAGGAUCUUGUUUGAUUUGAAGGAUUUUAAAUGCUGCGUUUAGACCACAUGGUAAUUUUUAAAAGGAAAAACAAAAUAAAUAAAAAGAACAGAUCAGGUUAAUGCGUUUCAAAUGAGUAACCAGACUAAAGCUGGUCUACCUAUGCCAAAGACUGAUGCAGCUCAUGAACACUGGUGGUCUCCUUUAGUUUUGGAUCUGGAUUGUACUUUUACUAUUUUUGCUGUAAUGUCUAGCUUAAAGGAUGGAGGGAGUUCCAUUCAGAGACAACUGUGGUAAUAAUUGUAGAGCUAAAUGCUGGGAUAACCUUGUGGACAAGGUCUCUGGCCUCCCAGGCAGUCACACCACUAAGGCGGAAACAAUUCCCUCACACAGAUACACAUACACUCUUACUCUCGCAAACACACACAUACACAUUUUGUGUUUCUAUAUAGGAUGCUAGCAGAAGUAUGCUGUUCUUUUAUGUAAGAGGUCAACAGGAAUUGGCUAGAUCUUUUUUUCACAGGAACACGUGAGCAUGCUUUAGAUGUGAACACUCAGACCAAUUUAGCAUUCCAUUUUAUUGUUUGUUUACACCUCUUUUUGAAGAGAGAUGUGUUAACAUAGCCUUGUGGACCAAUCAGCACGUUUGUGAUCAUGCUUGUCUGUUUUUCUGUCUGUCUUUUGUCUGUAAACUUGAGCGUAUGUAUUGCAAUUAAUUUUUAAGGUUUUGUACAUCUGUGCUUUGAGCCAUGAUGUCAGGUGUUUUUGCUUUUUUUUUUUUUUUUUUUUUCCCUUUUCGGGUAGCUGGAUCAUGCUUAUAUAAAACACACGUGAGUGAAAUGGCCCUUGCCCUGUGAAAUGUCUGAUCUUUUGAUGUGUAAUAUAGAUGUCCAUCUCAAGACCUCUUCACAGAAACUCCUCCCACCCCUUCGUAUAUAAUACAAAUAUCUAUAUAGAAUAAUAAAUAUCAGUGGUAAGGCACUCUCCGCAGAUUUUUUUUUUACCUUAAUACUUCAACUCUGGACUCAAGAAGAGGAAAUAUUAUGUACUGUUAUUAACUCCAUGGCUCUGUGGCACUGUAAAAAGAAUGAAACAUUCUGAAUAAUAAAUGUUUUUACGUAUCA